ACGCCAAUUAAAUUUUUAACAUCCAUCAUCAGUCAACAAAAAAAAAAUAAUCUCUGUUCUGUCACGAAGAAUUUCUUUCUGUGUAAUAUUAUUUUUGUUGCUGUUAGUAAUAGAUUCAUUAAAUUUUAUUUGUUUUGCUUUAUUGUGACCACAAAACAACUGCAAUAAAUAUGUUCGAUAUCGGUAUAUAAUUGACGACACAACUUUAUUUACUUCGUCAUCGUGUGAUUGUCCUCGGUGCUUGUCUGUAACAUCCUAGUUUAGUAUAUAAAUUUACAUUUAGUGAAGUGAGAUGCUGGUCAGGUAGUAAAUUAUAGUGUACCGCGUGUGAAAUGUCACAACAUGGAUGCCCAGAGAGACUGUCCAAUAGAUCCAAAGGUUUCGAGGACGAGGGUCCGAGUCAGCCCACAAUGGAAGUGUUGGUGGAGACUCUCACGGGGACCGCUUUUGAAAUGACAGUGUCGCCGUCCGACACUAUAUUUGCCAUUAAAUCCAAGAUAUUUCGCGUGGAAGGUAUUCCAGUGUCCCAACAGCACAUACUGUACAAUUUGAAGGAGCUGGACGAUGCGUCGUCGCUGCGGGAGCAUGCCAUAUCGGACGGGGCGAGACUGCGGCUCGUACUGGGCAUGCGCGGCGGGCCUAUAUCCUCGAGACGACUGCCGCCGCCACCCAACUCGGAGCCCUGGCGAGACAUCGAGAGACUGCUCGAUAGCAACAGAGAAGAGCCUGAGUGGUCAAAUGGCACCGGGUGCAAGGUGACCGUGCUGGUGUUCCGCGAAGGCGGUCGCGUGAAUCUGCUGCGGGUGCGGGAGAACCACGACGGGACCUACUCGCCCCUCGACAACAAAUACUCAUCAUCAGUGACGCUGGUGGAGCAGGAGUUGGAUGAUGGGUUGUCGGGGUCGCUGCACGAGAAUGAGGUCACGAUGGGCAAGAUGCUGGACCUGCGCCGGCGCAUGGAGAACUUGUCCAUACAGCGCCGCCGUACAGACACAACUGGUAACAAACCAGAAAUACAGAAGACUCGAAGCGAAGAAACCUUAUCCGUCCCUAGUUUAUUAGACGAGGCCACCGUUGAGCCGUUCAAGAAUCGAACCUACACCCCGUACGAGGAGGAGACGUUCGCGCCACUGUACGAUGGGAACUACACAAGAUACGAUUACGAUUGUUCAUUUGCGGACCGGUACACGCUGCUCCCCCCUAUUGGCACUAGGACUGAUUCUGAUCAGUCAGUACAAGAGGCGGAGGAGAGGUCGCGUGUGGCGCUGUCGGAGGCGCUGGCCGGCUCCGUGCUGGUGCAGCGCCGGCCGCCGCUCGCCGCCGCGCCCGCGCUGCCCGCCGCCGACUACGGACCCCUGGUAGGCGGGGAACCUAGCGGCUGGCGCGCGGCAGGGUUCGGGUCCAGCUCGCAGCUGGCGCCGCACUCUCACUCCGCGUCGUCGCUGCAGACGCUGCAGUCUCUACAAUCGCUACAGUCGCUGCAAACUCUGCGAGCUGCACCGGCGCCGAGACAUCAUCCGCCGCUCUCCGACGCUCUCUUCUCCUCGUCCACGUCCGAUUUGGAGAAGCUCAAGCGGAAUAGAAUUCUACCAACACUGAGCCGCCACCGGAACCGGGAGCACCUGCACCUCAGCGACGAGGGCCUGCACCUGGUGGCCCGCGCCGACCGACCCGACCGGCCCAGGAACCUCGAGGUCGGCAGCGAGCGCCGCCAGCGACGCAUACAGAAGAUUGCCGAGAUGGACUCGGAGCGGCUCCACCGCCUGCGGGACGACGAGCCCCGCCCGGAGCCCCGGCCGGAGCCCGGCCCGGAGCCCGGCCCGGAGCCCGGCCCGGGCGACCACCGGGACCACGAGAAGAAGCCGCGCCUGCGCUGCGGGCUGUGCCGGAAGCGGCUCAGCAUCGCCACCGAGCACCGCUGCCGCUGCGGCGCGGCGUACUGCGCCCCGCACCGGUACGCGGAGGUGCACGGCUGCGCGUACGACUACAAGGCCGCCGCCGCGCGCUGCCUGGCGCGAGCCAACCCGCUCGUCAGCGCGCCCAAGCUGCCCAAGAUAUAACGCCCUCCGCUGCAGACCACUAGCCAGCGCGACCCAGAUACAACGCCCC